AUGAGUGACGCUAAGGAAGCGAAAAAGUUGUCUCGGAUCGGAUCGGAGGUGAAGGCCUCAGACGCGUCGGGGCAGAUUUUCAAGGGGCUGCAGGUGUGGUGUGAUUGUGCCCCGGGCGUGAAACAGGACCCAAGUUUGAUGUUUGCGAAGUGUUUGGUGUUGCCGGGGAGUACGGCGCAGACGUUUAAGUUGAAGCAGGUGGAGCCGGAGGAUCCAGAGAACCGUGCGUUUGAUGCGCCACAGUCUAGCGUGUACAAUACAAACCAGAAUAUCGACCCAUUGUCAUUUCCGGACAUCGGUAUGAUUCCGCACACAAAUGUGGCGGCGGUGGUGGAUUUCAUUCGUACUCGUUUCCUGAAGAAGCAGAUCUACACCACGGCCGACCCGUUGUUGCUGGCUAUCAACCCCUUUAAAGAUCUGGGCAAUGCCACCGACGAGGUUAUUAAAAAGUAUCGCGACACGGGUGACGCGGCCAAGUUACCCCCUCAUGUCUUCUCCGUUGCGCGAGAAGCUUUGGAGAACCUACACGGCAUCAACAAGUCUCAAACCAUCAUUGUUUCUGGCGAGUCGGGUGCUGGCAAGACGGAAGCCACCAAGCAAAUUAUGCGUUACUUUGCAGCCGCCAAAUCCGGUAAGAUUGACCUCAAGGUGCAAAAGGCUGUGCUGGCCGGUAACCCCGUGUUGGAAGCGUUCGGGAACGCCAAGACGAUCCGAAAUAACAACAGUUCCCGUUUCGGUCGCUUCAUGCAACUUGCGGUAGCCCCAGGUGGCGGUAUCGAGUUCGGUAGCGUGCGAAAUUUCUUGCUCGAGGUAAGUCGAGUGGUGACCCAAGACGACCAGGAGCGGUCAUACCACAUAUUCUACCAGCUCCUGAAGGGGCUAACGGGUGACCAGAAGUCUAAGUUCAAGAUUCUGGGACCGACUCAGUACAAGUUCGUGAACGCAAAGUGCCUGGACGUGCCCGGGUGGGACGAUGUUCAGGACUGGAAGGAGGUGAAUGAAUCGCUGCAUAGCAUGGGCGCCACGGAGGAGGACAUUAACGGUAUCAUCCGCUGUGUGUCGGCGAUUAUGAUGCUGGGGAACGUGACGAUCAAGGGUGAAAACAAAAACGGUGUGCCGGACGCAGCCACUAUUGCGAACCCGGCCGAGUUCCAGACCGUGUGCGACCUACUCGGAAUCAGCGCGCAGGACGCUACUAUUGCCCUUGUAACCAAGAUCACGCAAGCACAAGGUCAAGAGAUCAAGGGUGUCUACAAUGCGGCGGACACAGAGAUUUUGAAGCUGUCAAUGGCCAAAGCCGUUUACAACGAGUUGUUUAAUUGGAUCAUUCGCAAAUUGAACUCUAAUAUCGAGCCACCUUCGGGCUUCGAUAAGUUCUUGGGUAUGCUGGAUAUUUUCGGGUUCGAAGUAUUCCAGAAUAACUCGCUUGAGCAAUUGUUCAUUAACAUCACCAACGAAAUGUUGCAGAAGGAUUUCGUUGAUGUGGUGUUUGAUAAGGAACAGAAAUUGUAUCGUUCUGAAGGUAUUAAUACGGCGGAUCUAGUAUGGACGACGAAUGCCCCGAUAAUUGAUUGUUUGACGAACAAGAAGUCUUCUGUGAUUUCGUAUUUAGAAGACACAUGUCUCGCUCCUGGUGGUGAUGAUAAGAAGUUCUUGGCAGGUGCAGCGGGUGCCCUGAGUAGCAACAAACACUUUGCUAAAGCGAAGAUCUCAUCGGACAUUAAUUUCAUCAUUACACACACCAUUGGUGAUAUUCAAUACAAUAGUACCGGCUUCAUUGCGAAGAACAAAGAUAUGCUCAAAGCGGAACUUGUGGAGGUCAUGCAGAAAAGUAGCUCACAUGUCACGGCAGCAUUGUUCAAAGAUGUCACCAUUACCAAGGGUAAGAUCGGUAAGAGUCAACUGAUUAGUUCGGUGUUCCUGGGACAACUGACGAAGCUCAUGGAACUCAUUCGCUCGACUGAGCCUCACUUCAUUCGAUGUCUGAAACCCAAUGAGGAAAAACAGGCACUCAAAUUCACUUCAGCCAAAGUCCUAAUUCAGCUCCAUGCACUUUCCAUUCUGGAAGCACUACAACUCAGAAAUCUCGGCUAUAGCUAUAGAAGACCUUUCGAAGAUUUCAUCAAGCAAUUCAAGUUCCUUGAUUUAGGUAUCACCGAAAACAAAUCACUCGAUCCUAAGACAGCUGCCACCCAAUUGCUAGAAGGAUCCGGUCUCAAGCCUCAAGAAUUCCAAAUCGGACAUACCAUGAUCUUCCUCAAACAUGAAGCCACAAAGGCUCUCACUCAAAGACAAAGGGAACUCAUGGCCGCAUGGGAGCCACUUACCGCACUACUAGAGGCCAUGUACAAGGCAUACUCUACCAGACAACUCAUCAAAACUCUCACACCCUCCAUCGUCAGGGUCCAAGCCCACAUCAGAGCAAAUCUUGUACGAAAAUAA